CAGGAAGUCAGAGCUCCGUGGAGCACUUCAGGAACAUUCUACAACUCACAAAUCUUUGUAACUUUAUGUACACGUGAGUAACAACCUUAGCGAAGAGAGGUGUUUAUUAACAACUUACGGAGCUGUAAUAUAGGGGAGAAGAAAUUUUAAGUGCGACAUUUGAACCCCUAUUGAAAACGAAAGUAAAAAGUCUUGGAGGGAACGAUAUCGUCGUGACUAUGGCUGAUGAAGAUAUUAGUGAUCCGACACCAUUGGAAAUAGAUUUUACUUGCCCAAUAUGUAAGAAUAUUUUCGACGACCCCGUGCUACUGUCCUGCACGCACAGCUUUUGUAAAGCAUGCUUGGAACAGUAUUGGAAGAGCACGUCAAGGAAGCUGUGUGCAGUUUGUAGACAAGACUGCAGCAAGGAACAGCCGAUACCUAAUCGUGCGUUGAAGGACGCUAUUGAAACCUACAAAAGGGAUGGUGGAGGACUCCACCGUGUACCUGGCGUCGCAAAACUGGUUUGCGGUAUUCACAAUCGUGAAUUUCAGCUUUUUUGUGAGAAAGAUGAGACACCUUUGUGCACGGAAUGCUUGAACCUUCACUAUGGCCACAACCUUUUUCCGUUGGAUCAGGGGAUUCCUUUUUGUAAGGGUGAGCUGAGCACCAAAAUCAACAUCUUGGAGGAAAAAGUGGACUCUUUCAGAAGGAUGAAGAAGCGAUAUGAGGAUACCAUUGCCUUCGUGAAGGACCAGUCGGUGAACGGGGAGAAGCAGAUCAGGCAGGAGUUUGAGCGCAUUCGGGAGUAUCUGAGGAAGGACGAGGAGGCGAGGGUCCUGGCUCUGAAGAAAGAGGAGGAGGCCAAGAAGCUGGCUCUCAACGAGAAGGUGGACUCUCUGAAGAAAAGCAUCGCCGACCUGCUGGAGCUCAUCAGCACCACCAAGAGGGCCAUGGGUGCCGAAGAUCUGAACUUUCUGCUGGACUUCAACAAGCUCAAGCUCAAUGCGCAGUGGACCGAUGAGGGCCCACAGAGGGACCCAGCUGAGCUCAUUCACAUAGCCAAGCACACUGGAGCCGUGGGCUUCAAGAUCUGGGAGAAGAUGGUGUCCCAUGUAGACUGCUUGCCGGUGAUCAUGGACCCCAACACCAUCUCCCCGUGGCUGAGCAUCAGCCCGGACCUCAGCAGCGUGCAGGAGAGCAAGGAGCGCCAGGCGCUGCCCGACAACCCCGAGCGCUUCGACCCGUGCGUCUUCGCGCUGGGCUCGGAGGGCUUCGGCGCCGGCCGCCACCGCUGGGACGUGCACGUGGGCAACAACCCCAAGUGGAUCCUGGGCAUCUGCCAGGAGUCGGUUGCCCGCAAGCGCAAGUUCACCGUCACCACCAACAAGGGCGUGUGGACCAUCGGCCUCAGCAAGGGCGCCUACAGCGGCCUGACCUCGCCGCGCACCGAGCUGAAGCUGGACCGCCGGCCGGAGGUCAUCCGCAUCAAGCUCAACAUGGACAAGGGCCAGGUGUCCUUCUGGGACGCCACCAACGGCUUCCACAUCCUCACCUACACCGACAAGUUCCCCAACCGCGUCUACCCGCUCUUCGGGCCGGGCCUCUGCAGCACCCCCAUGAAGGUCCUGCCUGCCAGGGUCACCAUGCACCUGCAGUAGCCUGCCAGCCUCAGCUCUGAGGCUGGUCAAGAGUCCAGCUACUAUACGCAAUCAUUGUGCUGUUAGCUUAGUUGGCAUCAGAAUGAGGAGUGGUAUUAGGAAUACUGAUUGAGGAGUGUGCUCGAGUGAAGAAUGAGCCAUAGUUGGAGGGAACCUUUGUGCCUUAAAUGUCCUUUGUCUUGUGUGUUUGUUUUUUUUUUAAUUCAGUAUAGAUUGUUUCUUUGGUGAUUUAGUUUUUUGUUUGGGGGAAAAGAUUAUGAUGUUUAUGUAGGUCGGGUCGCAAAUGUCAAUCUUCUUUUUUGUUUGGGAUAGAGUAUACACUGUUGGAAUCAUGGCCGUAACUACCAUUGAGGAAACAGAGGUCAUGUCCUCUGUAUUUUGUUCAGUAAUGUAACAUUUAUCUAUGAUGAAAAUCGAUAUGAUCAACAAUGAUAAAUUCAGUCGGUAUUCGCCACCCCCAUUUAUCCUCAAGGUGGUGAUUAAUGAAAGCAAGAAGAAUUUGAUUAAUCUAAAUGUAUUCUAAAUGUAGGCUACAGUAUGCAGUACAGCACAUAGUAUUUGACCUCGGUAUUUGAAAAUGUCUGGUUACGGCCCUGGUUGGAAUGAUGUGGCAUGAGUCUGUGGGGGCAUCUGAAAGUCCCUGCUGCCUUCAUAUGUAGAGGGCAGAAAGUAAGGAGGCAUCUAUGUACAGUAGUACAUACAAAUACCCUAGUAAGCUGUCAACCAGGAGGCGGCCGGUAGCCCAAUGGCUUUCUAUAUCCAGACAUAUUUACAGUAAGCAAUCAAUGGUUACUUCACCAUCCCAGAAGUUCGCAGGAGUUUGUCAACUGUGCGGCCAUUGGAUAUGAGUGCCAUCAAGGGCGGCCCCCUGGUUAUGUGUAAAUGACGGUGCUGUAGUAGCUACUGGUAACUAGGCAGUGCACUGCCUACCACAGGUUUUGGAUGCAGUGUGUUAUCUUAUCUUUGUGAU